UGUGUUGAGAAUGGCGGGAUACUGAAGCGGCUCCUUAUCUAUUAGUGUCUGAUCCAGUAUAUGAAGUUCCCCGCGUUUUAUGCUGGUUCGUACUGCACUCGUGAUCCGCAUCGCUAUCGUCCAUGAUGAUAGAAUUUAUGGCUCCCUAGCGAGUCACGGUUGAAGAGCAUGCCGUGGAACUCCUCACGCCACGAAGGUUGAGCGUGCGCAAGGGACUAUAUAUCAGACCGAUGGGAAUGCUUCGUGUCUGGUUCUGAAAGCUUGCAGAUGAAAUCUCUCGUCUCUUUACUAUAUUUUCCAUUGAACCUACUCUGAAGGCGAACAUUGAUGGCAGGCCACGGCUCAACAUUCCAAGACCAGUCUGCAGAUGACUUACCACCAGGAACUUUCUUCUUCGUCAAAGAGCACGAAGAUGAGAGUCAGGGUCAACAAGUGAUCCUCCUCAGCCCGGUCCCCUCAAGCGACCCAAACGAACCCUUGAAUUGGAGCACUGCACGCAAGGCCGUCAACUUCACAUUAGUGCUAGCAGUGACAUGCCUCAUUUUCACUGCGCUCUCGAUCCAGUACAUUUUCUGGCAAUUGAUGGUGGUGGACUUGGACGUCACAUAUACCCAGCUCAAUCGAGCCAUGUCGGUCAACUCUGUGGGCCUGUCUGUGGGUUGCGUCAUGUUCAUUCCGCUGGCGAAGAAAUACGGGCGUCGGCCUAUCUAUUUGAUCUCCACUGCGCUCAUGCUGGUAACUGCCUUCUGGACGGCAGAGAUCAAAACUCUCACGGAACUCUACAUCACAAACCUCAUCCAAGGCUUGGCAGGUGCGACCAAUGAGGCUAUUGUUCAGAUCACUAUAGCGGAUGUCUUCUAUGUGCAUCACCGCGGUACAAUGAAUGCCCUAUACAUGACAAUGAUGAUGAUUGGUAGCUUCUUGACUCCUAUGGCUGCCGGAGUGCAGGCGACACGCCAAGGGUGGAGGAUGUCGUACCGCACUCUCGGCAUAUGCACCGCCGUCAUGUUCCUGCUGUUUGUUGUCUUCUACGAAGAGACCAAGUACACGGUGGUGAUAGACGGCGUGGAUGAACAGCACGAGAAUGUCAACGAACCCCAAGUCGACGUUCUCUCUAGCACCAAGAGGGAUAGCAAGUCUGCCAUAACGGAAGACCUGAGUCCUUCGACCGAGGCUUCCAGUGCUGAGCGUGUUGAGAUCGACGACACUAUCCCAAUGAACAGCUGGCGUCAGAGACUAGCCCUCAUGACAUACACCUCAGAGUCGAUCUGGCCCUAUUACUAUCGUCCUUUUGAGAUACUAUUUACUUUCCCUGCCGUGUUGUGCUGUGGUCUUCAGUAUGCGUGUGGGGUUAUGUGGCUCACAAUCAUGUCCAGUGUUCUUUCUCUUGUCCUCCCUCUUCCACCUUACCUCUUCAGUCCAGAACAGAUUGGUUUUAUGAGUGUCGGUCCUUUCAUUGGGAACCUGAUCGGAUCGUUCUAUGGGGGGUACCUUGGCGACCGAUCCCUUCGAUACUUUGCUCGACGCAACAAAGGCUAUUUUGAGCCAGAGAUGCGACUCUAUAUCCUUCACAUCCCAGCGAUCGCAUUAUGUGGUGGUCUGAUAAUGUUCGGAGUGACGCUGGACCGAGGUAUGCACUGGAUCUACCCCAGCAUUGGUGGGGCGCUCUUCGGCUUUGGUCUGGGCAGUAUCAGCGAUGCGUGCCUGACCCUGGUCAUUGACAGCCAUGUGUUGCUCACGGGAGAUGCCUUCACAGGGGUGGCCUUUAUGCGCAAUGUCUUCAGCAUUGGUGUCCCGUUCGCCAUCAGUCCAUGGAUGGAGACCUCGGGACUCACCAACAUGUUCAUCACUGUUGGCUUUAUUAGUCUCGGAGUGAAUCUGAUGCUAGUGGUCAUGAUCAUCUACGGGAAGCGAUUCCGACGAGCCAAAGCGCAUCGGUAUCGGGAACUGGCCGCCCAACAGGGCCGGGGAAGUUGACCGGGCCGACAGUAUGCGAGUGAUUUUGGUCGGGAAACCUGCGAGGGGGCUGGGCGUGAGCGGAAAAGAAGAUCCCUGUUCUGUCCGCCAGGGAAGAGAAGCAGAGAAGACGUGCUUGAGAUCUCGGUUAUGGGCGGAUAGAAAUGGAGCGACCGAGGGGGGAGGUUCUGGACGAGUGGGCCUGGGAUCUCCGGGGCGGUUACCUUCGUCUGGGUCCGGACAACAUAACAGCAAAAGCAUAGUAUAACUUAAUGUCAG